GCACUAUAUAAAUGAUUGCAAGGUGUUUUUGUGCCAUACCUAAAAGACUGUUCUAGCUGCUAUUCCAUGCUAUCUCCUUUUUUUUUCCUAAUGGAGCUGUUCCUGACUUAACUUCAAAGCCUUUUUUGUAUUUUUUUGUACAUACAUCAUAUUUUCUAAACUGUAAAUGUCUGCCUCCUUCCUGCCAUUGUAAAAGGGAAGUGUACACUCUGAAAACCUAGUUAUGCCAGAGACAAUUUUUUAACUGUACUCUCCAGCUUCCUGUGCCAUCAUUUUCACUGCAGCAGUGGAGAUUAAACAGAUACCAGACAGAAGUAUUUCCUCUCAGCAAAGGAAGGUGCCUGCAGCUUGUAUAGCUCUGACCACUCAAGAAAUCCUGCCAUAAAUGAACAACUCAUCAUGUCUCCAGCCAUCGCCAGCUACCACCGUAGCUCUCCCCAUCCUCUACUCCUGCCUGUUUCCCGCUGGAAUCUUUGGGAACAUUCUGAGUGCCUGGAUAUUUUCACGGAAAGUGCACACCCGGAGGACACAGUACAUUUACCUGGCCAACCUGGUGAUUGCAAAUCUGCUGGUUUGCAGCACCAUGCCCUUCCUGGCUGCCUACUUUGCGGACGGGCACCGCUGGCCCUACGAGUCGGCGGCGUGCAGGAUCGCCCAUCACCUGAGCACGCUGGUGAUGCACGUCAGCAUGUACGUGACCAUCACCAUCCUGUGCUCCAUCGCCCUCAGCCAGUACGCCACGCUGAAGAAGAACUGUGGCACACAACGCUCCCCAGCUCUGCCAGGAACCUUCCAGGGGCGCCUGCUGCACAGCUUCCGGCGGCCAAAGUUCGCUAAAUAUUUGUGUGUUGUUAUCUGGCUGAUUGUGCUCUGCAUAACAGCCACAGCCAUCACCUACAACGUCCAGGAGAAGGUUUCAGGAGAGUUCCCCACCUGCUACAACGUCAGGGUAGAAGCUGGUGAACGUCCUGUAAUGAUUGCAGCUUGUCUUGCCACUGUGUGCUUUUUUCUGUCUUUUAUGACCGUUUUGUGGUCCUACUAUUCUCUUACCAGACAUCUGAGCAGAAUACAAAAAAACACCUGUAUUGGAGAAAAACAUCUAAUUUACAGAACAGUGAAAAGAAACAUUCUUGUCAUCCAGAUGAUAUUAACUGUCUGUUUUCUUCCAUACCAUAUUUUUAGGCCAAUUUUCUAUGUACUGCUUAGAGACAAUGACUGUCCAAGGUUAAACUAUCUAGUGGAAAUUAAAAAUGUCCUUACUUGUAUUGCUGCUACUAAAAGCAGUUUAGAUCCAGUUAUAUCCCUUCUGUUAGAUAAAACAUUUAAGAAAAGUCUUUAUGACCUGUUUACAAAAUCCACACCAGAACAUUAAAAACUCAAUGAUGAUAUUUUCACUGAAAUGGGAAGGAAUAUGGAAAGAUUUUCAUAGACUAUAAAUAAUAAUAAACUAAUUUUAACUAACUUUAGGCAGGCUUUGAUAUAAAAUGGGAACUAUUUAAAUAAAAUGGUAAACAUAUUGUAUUUUCUUUUCAAAUCAUGUUGCUUGCUACAUCAACAUUAGCCAUAAUAAAUCCAAUGUGUAUAUCCAAAUGAAUCCAAGGAGUUUGUAGAGUGAACAGUGUAAUACCCAUUCAUCCACGUAAUACAGGAGAUAUUUUAUAUUUCACCUGUGGACAGUUCCUUUUACUGAAAAAGUCAAGGAAGAAGGCAAAAACUAGGCUGAAGUUGAGGACCCAGCUCUCCGUUGUUAUCAGCAAGUUUUGGACACAGGUUUCCUUUACAGUAAGGUUGAACAAAGCACAGACAUUUUCCUUAGGAUGGGUGAAGCACAACUGUGUAACUACAAGUAACUACAGCAAGGCAGAACUGAGCAGUCAAAGCUUUCCAGAUGGCAAAGUGCUGCUGACAGGACUGGCUUUUAGGUCAUCAGUUGCAAGUCCGGGUGAGCAGAGCUGUUCACUACCAAAGUGCUUUUGUGAUUUGCACAGACAUGAACUCAAACCCCAACACUUCUGUCCUUCCUGAAAUACACUUUAUAGGGAAUGUAGCUGCAGUUAUCUCAGCAAAAUGCCUGCCUGGGCUUGUUUCUCUUAACACAGUUUUUGAAGUCAGCAUAGGCUGAAGACACUCCUACAUUUUUCUAGUCAGAACUACUUGUUCCCCAGUGCUUAUCAAAAAGGCAAGAAAAUGAAUGGAACUUUGGGAACUACUAAUUAAAUAUAACUUUGUGACAGACUCUUAGCAAGAUCCCACACCAACAUUUCAACAUAGCACCAAAAAAUGACAUAUGCCUGACUUGUAUCCUAUGUAAUCUGCCCAAGAUUACCUUUAAUGUUCUUAACUGCAUCAAAGUUUUUCUUGCUUCAAAUAGUGGAAAAGCUUUUGUGCAGUACAGGCAAUUUGAGAAACUACAAAUUGAGUCCUGCAUUGGUCCACCAUUUGACAGAAGAGUUCAUAGAGGAAAAUCCCCCAAAACUUAGAAGCAUGAGGGAUGAGUGAGAGUUAGAACACUACAGCAGAACACAGCUUGUGUGGAAAACUUCUUGCAUUGCUUAGACAUGCUGGUGCCAAAAUCAGAAGUUAGCAGGUGACAUGUGAAUUGUUUAAUAAAAACAAUAAACAAUUCAUUUAUAUUGCAGUGAACACAAAAUCAUAAGGCAAACAGGCACAGCAUCUGGUUUGCAAAGCAGUUUAGAGACCACAAGAGUCUGUCAAAUUUUUGGUUAAACCAUUCAAAUAUGCUGCCAGCUCAUUGGUCAGAAGACCUUUUGAGCUUUUUGACUGUGUCACUAAAUGACUGAAACAUAUAAACUUAGUGACCAGAAAUUUUGUAAAUGUUCAACUCCAGGUAGGCCAAGCAGAAUAAAUACAAUUUCCUCAGCAAAACUGCUUCUGAACAUACUAACAGGUCAACAGGAAAAGGGUUGGACAAAACAAGAAAGGAGACCUUGAGAUAGGAAGCAGGGGCACAGGAAUGCAAAUAAACAGGGGGAAAAGAGCACUGCCUGAAGAAACAGUGAGAAAUAAUACUGAAAGUUUUGGUUUUGGAGUCCCUUGUACAUUGAAUGAGGAAGUGUUCCUCAGAAAAAAAGGUGGCCAGGUAGGACACUUCAACUGCACCUCUGAUAGUUUUGCAGGUUUUUCAGCCUUAAUCACUUUUUAACAAAUUAAUAUAUGUGACAAAAUCCUCACCAAGAAGUUGCUACUGGAUCUCAAGGAUCUACUAAGCUCUAGAAAAUACAGAAAAACCACCAAUUAUUACUGAAUGUCCCCAGAAAGCAUAAAAUUAUUUUCAAAGUGAAAAGCCUGAAAAGACUGGAAGGAAAGUAACAUACAACAGAUUUCUUGGUUUGGAUAUUCAAAGAUGGAGUAAAGGGAAGAUGGUAUUAAAGAACAGACUCUAUUUUGGUAAUUUUGUAAACAGUCAAAUAUACAGUUAGAUAAACACACACAAACACAUAUACACCACUUUUACUCAUUUUUUAGAUAUGUCUAAAAGCAGAAGUGUAAGAGUGUUGUAUUCUACCAGCAAAAUCUGAAAUGCUGAGCUACAAGCAGUUCAGGCAAUGGAAGACAGAAGUGGUAACUGAGUGUGCUCUCAGAAUUCAUAUCACAGGUUAAGUUCUGUAUAGUGCAAAAAUCACAAUGCAAAUCUAUCCACAGAUCAAGUCUCAGGUCACCUGACCAACUCAGAUGUGUAUAUGACAUGCAGUACAGAACAUAAUGCGUGGUCCUAUUCCCUGGAAAAAAUCCCUGGUUUUGACUCUCAGUCAUAGAAAUAUUGAACUGAAUCUUAAUGACAGAGAAGGCAGAAUAUGUGUAUUUUUGCUUUAGGAGGUUUAUUGAUUUAGAUGAUCACAUGCAGGAAACAAGCAUUCAUACCUAUCAAGAUAAAGCCAUAAUGAAAAUUUUGGAUGUCUGCAUUUGCUGACAGGCUCACCUUGACCCCACUUGCACACCAAUUUACUAACCAGUAACAUAUACAGGUACUCAAACUACGUGGAAAUCAUGGAACAAAGUUGGAGUAAUUGGAAUGAAUUAAGGAUAAAACCCCAGCAACUAAAGCUCUGGAUGUAAUUACUCUUACACCUGAUAUACUCUCAGUCUUAUAUUCCUCAGUUACAUUAAAAGAUAUUUUUAUAACAACAGUUUU